GCCUCUUGUGUUCCAUCGUCGAACCGCUCGACAAUUUCGUUGAUGGAAAUCCUCACACUGUAACUAUGCUCGAAGAUCUUAACCGCUGGGCAGUUCCUCACGAACAGCUUCCCAAGACUCUUUUUUUCGUUCGACAUGAAAACUCCCAGAGCGAUUCUGAAGACAAAUGGAACUCGCACAUGGAAGGCGAACGCCCCAAAGAACUGAGCUUGAGCAUGAUGGGCGGAAUCACAGCCGCGUGCCCAAAGGCUUUAAUCAAUUGUCCUUGCAAGAUAACCAACAUCGUUGACCUUUAUCGCAAGAUGAUUAGACACCUCAGAUGGACCAAUCAACGUCGCCCGUCCUGCUUUGUCUCCACGUUCGGAAGCUUCAAGGAUGCUAUGCACUGGGGUGGGCAACUCCCUGGCAUCGUCAGGAUCUACAGCAUUGUCACUACCGAGCUACCCCCGUUGCCCUUCGUACAUGUAUUCCGCCCCUCCAACUUUAACGUGUUGUGGCCCAAAGACGAGUACUUGUUCCUGCACCAAAUUCCGGACCGUGGUAUUGAAUACUUCGCUAUCCUUUCGGAUUACUUGAAGACAACGGACUCAUGCUCAGGCUCAGCUCCAUCCCUUCCGCCAUCCACGAACCAGUCGUCACCUGACCCUGAACUGUCACGAAAGAAUGGAAAAAGGAAGCGAGAGGAAGGUGUUGUCUCCGACAGGAAUACAAGGUUACGGACAAACGCGGAAAACAAUGAAGCUGUAGUACCUAA